AUGUUGAGAUAUACCAUUAGUCGUAAACAUGAUUUUAAAACUCAUUAUUUUAAUAUUCAAAAACUAAUAAAUUCAAAAGUUCAAUUAAGUCUUAAAUAUGAACAAUUAAAAUCACCAGAGAUCCAUUCAACUUUGAUGAGACCAAUAACUCAAGAAAUACUUAAUAUUUCUCAUGAUAAUGAAUCAGAUCAAAAGAUAUCAAAUCAUAUUAUAUUUAUAUUGUUAUUAUUACGAUAUGAAUAUUUAAUUCAAUCAGAGAAUAAUUUAAUUGCAUUUGAUUUAUUAAUUACAAAAGCAACAGUUUGUGAAAUAUUAUCAAUUCGAAUGUUAAGAGAAUAUAAAUCAUUUAAUAGAAUUAAUAUGUUAUUUAUUAAACCAUUAAUUGAAAUUAAAUCAAAUUUAAAUUUUAAUACUUUAGAAUUAUGUGUUUUAUCAGAUUCUAAAAAAUUUUUAUCACAACCUAUUAUAGUUAGAAUAUUAGAAAGAUUUUAUAAUGGAGAACUUAUAAAUAAUGAAGAUUUAAAAGAUGAUGAGAAAUAUUUACUUGAUGAUGAAUAUAUUGCAGAUUAUACAUUUGAUAAAAUUUUCAUGAAAAGAAUUAUUCAAAGAGUUAAUACUGUUCCAAAAUAUCAAUCACUAGUUAUAAAUUUUAAAAUUAUGAUGUUUCUGUUUUUAUAUUUCUUAUUAAUGUAUGAGAAACCAGUAGGGUUAAUAUUUUGGUCAUUUGGUAUUAGUUUUAAUGUUGAAUUAUUUUUGAAAUUAUAUUAUAUUGAAUGGAAAUUUAUGAAGAUGAUAAUAUGGAAUUAUAUUGAUUUUUUAUUAAUUAUGUUAAUUGAUAUUUCUUUGGUAUUAAAAAUUACAGGUAAUUCAUAUUUCAAAGAUAUUUUCAGUUUAAUUGGGAUAAUUUUGUUUCCUAGAGUACUUUCCAUAUUCAAUAAUUAUGUGUUUUUCAAUUUGAUUGUUCUUUCAUUUAACAAAAUGAUAUUCAAUUUGAUUGGUUUAAUAUUCUUUUUCUUUACUUUGAUUAGUGGGUUUUAUUUUAGUUUUGUUACAUUGAGUGAAAAUCAAACCAAUGGUGAAAUACUAUUCAAUAUGAUCAAGAUAUUUUUUGGUUUUACUCCUUCAGUUUGGAAUAAUUGGGAUAAUUAUAAUAUGUUGGGAAAAGUUAUGCAAAUGGGAUAUUUGUUUUUAAAUGAUUUCAUUGUGGGGACCAUAUUGGCUAUUUGUUUAAGUGGGAUAUUUAUAAAAGUUAGAGAAAACAACCACGAGGAGUUUAAUUUCUUCAAAUCUACCAAUUUAAUAUUAUAUUUUAAACUUGCUAAAUUAAACCAGCAAACUUCAGUGUUUAACAAUUUUUUAUAUUUGUUCAAAUUACCAAUGGUUGUUUUACUUUUUGGAUAUGAAAUAAUCAAAUCUAAAAAUUAUGUGCAGCCAUCAUCAGAAUUGAAAAAUUUCACAUUUUUAAAACCAGAAGAAGAUGAAAAUGUAUCAUAUUCUAGAAGACCUAGUCAAAGGAAGCCAACAAAGUAUCAAUCAUUGAGUACAUUAGGUGGAGGAGGACAUUUAAGAACAGCAUCUACCGAUUCAUUUUUCAUUAAUGAGUUGUUAAACAAAAAGUAUGGUAGAUUGGAGACAACAAAGACAAAUUUGAAUACAACAGAAAGAAUUACAUCAAUGAAACUUACUCAACCAUUUAGCAUACCACGACAGAGACCAUAUCCACCACCACAACAACAACAACAAUUUCAAACAUCACCUGCAAUGUAUGUCGCGUCACCACCGCAGCCGUCAACAAGUAAUGCUGAAAUUUUAUCAAGAUUUACACACUUGGAGAAUAUUAUUGCGAAACAUUCACUUGUAGCUAAUAGUUUAGACGAUAGCAGGUCUGUAAUGAUGUAUGAUAUUAGAGAAAUGGAAGAUAAUGAUGAAUUACUGAUUAGUAGUGGGACGACAAAUGAUCAAGAUGUUAGAGACGAGCUUGAAUUGAGUAAAGACAAUAAUAUGGAAGAUAUUGACCAAUACGAUAGUGAUGAAACAUUUUAG